AUGGUAGUAAUUCCUUCACCUUCGUCUUUCUCUCUCAAACAACAACGUCGACCGUCGAGGCUCGUUACACCAGCAGCAACAGCGCCAGCGAAACGACGCCGUUUCCAAGAAGCUGAGGAAAAAAAAAUCGGCCAUUUCCUUUCGCCUUCGUAAUUUCCCGGAUUUCUAUAUUCUUAGGAAUUUUCAUCCAGAUUUACUCUCACCACAAACCGAUCUCUAAUUUUUUUUUUUUUUUUUGAAUUUCAAAAUUUUCUCGGGAAAAUUCCCCAUCGUCUAUGCAAUUUUCCCUCGUCAUUUUCCUCCUCGUUAUUUGAAAAACAGGAAGGGGGAAUUCAUUUCUCUCUCUUUGCCUCCUCGUCGAGGAUUGCGGUUUCUGGGGGAGAACUGGAUUUCGGGGGCUUUUAACAGUGAACGAAUUAUUGGAUUGGAUUGCCGUGGGGAGCUGGAACUCCGCGUUUGGUGAAAAUUAGGGUUUUCGAAUGAAGGUUUUAGGGAUUCAAGGGGUUUUGUGUUGAGGAAAAUGCUGUUCGUGGUUUGAUUCAUCUUGGUUUGGAAUUUGUCCAAGUGUUUUGAGAAAAACAAAUUAGGAUUUUCUCUUCAAUUGCAUUUCAAGAGCGGGUAGGGUUUAUGAUGGUAGAUUGAGAAUGGUGCGGCUUCUGGGUCUGACUCGCGGAGAAUCGUUCGAAUCGCCUCGGGAGAUCGCCUCGAGGGGAAACCCAUCGAGUGAAUCCGGUGAGAAUGGGUGGCUCAUUCGAUUCUUCGACUCCGCGUUCUUCUGUGAGUGGAUCGCUGUUAGCUAUUUGUAUAAGCAUGAACAUCCAGGUGUGCGAGACUACCUCUGCAAUAGAAUGUAUACUCUUCCAUUGCCUGGUAUUGAGAGCUAUUUGUUUCAGAUAUGUUAUAUGUUGGUGCAUAAGCCAAGCCCAUCUUUGGAUAAGUUUGUCAUUGAUAUGUGCUCCAAGUCGCUUAAGAUUGCUUUGAAAGUGCACUGGUUCUUGUUGGCAGAGCUUGAGGACUCUGAUGAUAAUGAAGGGAUUAGUAGGAUUCAAGAAAAGUGUCAAAUUGCAGCCACAUUGAUGGGUGAGUGGCCACUUCUGUUAAGGUCUCAAACCGAGUUGAGUAGCCCUGGAAACAAGAACCUAGUUUUGAAUAGGAUAUUAUCAUCAAAACAGAAGUUAUUAUCACUAACAUCUUCACCACCUGCACAGAGGUCAUUGUCCUUCUCGCCUACCUCCGGGAACAAUGUGCAGGAGGAUGGUCAGUUAUCUCCUGAUGAGAACAAGAUUUUUAAGAAAUUUAUACCCGGACCAAAGGUCCGAGAUGCAUUGCUCUUUAGGAAGUCAGUUGAUAAAGAUGAUGAUGACAAUGAAAAGGAUGGGUUCUUUAAAAGGCUCUUGAGGGAUUCUAAAGGUGAUGAUGAAACGGGAUUGAAGAUUAGAGAGCUGUUUAGGAAGUCAUCAGCAGAGAAGGAUGAUGAUGAUUCUGAAAAAGAUGGAUUCUUUAAGAGACUUUUAAGGGAUAGUAAAGGUGAUGAUGAGGAGUUGACUUCGAGCUCUGAAGGUUUUUUCAAGAGAUUGUUUCGUGAUAGCAAGGGCGAUGCUGAGGAUAGAUCAUCAUCUAAAUCAGUAGAAGAUGAUGAAAAAGAUGGAUUCUUUAGGAAGUUUUUCAAAGAGAAAUUUGAUGACAAGAAGGAUGGGAUUGAUAGGAAUGAAGAUGAAGAAUGUUCCAAAUCUGUUGAAGAUGAUGAAAAAGAAGGGUUCUUCAAGAAAUUCUUUAAGGAUAAAUUUGAGGACAAGAAAGAUAGUAAUGAUAAGACUGAAGAAUGGAGUGCUAAUGGAGAGGAAGAAGAACCUUCUGAAUUUUCGAUAUUUCGAAGGUUAUUCCGAGUGCAUCCAGAAGAUGGUAAAAGUAAUGCUACGAAUGACAGCAAUAACAGUGGUGGCUUGUUUGAAAGUAGCCCAGGAACUGAGAAUUUUUUCCGCAAACUGUUUAGAGAUCGAGAUCGUUCAGUUGAAGACUCCGAGCUAUUUGGUUCAAAGAAGAAUAAAGAGAAGCAUCCUGGUUCACCAAAGCAACGGAAUGAAAAAGCAAAUGCAAAGCCACCUCUUCCAAAUAACACGGCAUCCCAAUUCCGCAAAGGGGCUUAUCACGAGUCAUUGGACUUUGUGCAAUCAUUAUGCGAGACUUCAUAUGGGUUGGUGGAUGUAUUUCCAAUUGAAGAUCGUAAAAGUGCUCUUCGUGAGUCACUUGCAGAGAUCAAUCUGCAUAUUGCUGAGGCGCAAAAUAGCGGAGGAGUUUGUUUUCCAAUGGGAAAGGGGAUGUAUCGUGUGGUUCACAUACCUGAAGAUGAAGCUGUUCUUUUGAAUUCUAGGGAAAAAGCACCUUACCUGAUCUGUGUAGAAGUCUUGAAAAGUGACACUCCAAGUAAUCCAAAGGACUCAUCCAGCUCCCAAAAGCUUUCAAGAGGAGGGAUUCCAUUGGCAAAUGGAGAUGCACUUCUGACAAAACCACCUCCUUGGGCAUAUCCAUUAUGGACUGUCCAGGAGGUGUAUCGCAAUAGUAAUGAUAGGAUGUCAAGUUCUACUGCUCAAGCAAUUGACCAGGCAAUGUCACAUAUGUCUGAGGCAAAAGUGAAAUUUGUUAGUGUAAAAUUGUCUGUGGAGAAGCUAUUACAUUCCCAGUCAGAGGAUGUUGAAAUAUCUGAUUCAGGCCUAGGCAUAUCUUGCAGUAGUAUACAGUCUGCUUCAGUUCCUUUGCAGAUUGUAUCCAAGAGUCAUCAAGAUGGAGACGCUGUAACUCAUACAUCAAGAGCACCACAUGGUUAUGAUUUGGAGUGUGUAAGGUUGGUGCUGACAGCUGAUCCUGGUGUUAGAAUGGAUGACGUUGAGGAUCAAGGACCACCACGACGAAAGGAACACCGCCGAGUGCCAAGUACAGUAGCUAUGGAGGAAGUAAAGGCCGCUGCAGCAAAAGGGGAAGCACCUCCUGGACUUCCUUUAAAAGGGGCUGGUCAGGAUUCAUCAGAUGCACAGCCAAGGGCUAAUGGGGGUACUCCCAAGGCCAGUGAUGCCUUGUCUGGUGAACUUUGGGAGGUAAAGAAAGAGAGAAUACGCAAAGCUUCAGUCUAUGGAAAAGUACCUGGUUGGGAUUUGCGCUCUGUUAUUGUUAAAAGUGGUGAUGAUUGUAGGCAGGAACACCUUGCUGUGCAACUUAUUUCUCAUUUUUAUGAUAUAUUCCAAGAAGCUGGUCUUCCGCUGUGGUUGCGUCCAUAUGAAGUCCUGGUUACUUCUUCUUACACAGCACUAAUUGAAACAAUUCCAGAUACGGCUUCACUCCAUUCUAUCAAAAGUAGAUAUCCUAACAUUAGUAGCUUACGUGACUUCUUUGUUGCCAAGUAUCAAGAAAACUCUCCUACUUUUAAGCUUGCCCAGAGGAAUUUUGUCGAAAGUAUGGCUGGGUAUUCUUUAGUUUGCUACCUUCUACAGGUUAAGGAUCGGCAUAAUGGAAAUCUUUUAAUGGAUGAAGAAGGCCAUAUAAUACAUAUUGAUUUUGGUUUCAUGCUCUCUAACUCUCCUGGUGGAGUAAAUUUUGAGAGUGCUCCAUUCAAGUUAACACGUGAACUUCUAGAGGUAAUGGAUUCAGAUGCGGAGGGAGUUCCAAGCGAGUUUUUUGAUUAUUUUAAGGUUUUAUGCAUUCAAGGCUUCCUUACAUGUCGUAAGCAUGCGGAGAGAGUUAUUCUUCUUGUUGAGAUGUUGCAGGACUCUGGUUUCCCGUGCUUUAAAGGUGGUCUGCGGACAAUACAGAACCUAAGGAAACGGUUCCAUCUAAGUUUAACAGAAGAGCAAUGUGUCUCCUUGGUGCUUUCCCUGAUUAGCAGCAGCUUGGAUGCAUGGCGGACACGGCAGUAUGAUUACUACCAGAGGGUUUUGAAUGGAAUAUUGUGAGGUUAAAUUUCAUUGAUAUCACAUGAUUCUGUUCAACGAAGCCAGCUCAGUAAGAUUGUAAUCAUCCAAAUUGCAUAAGCAAGUCAUUGUGAUGCAAGUGGAAUUGGUUCACUGUUGGAUGGCUUCUGAGUUUUAUUGGAGGUGAAAAGGAUUGUUGAUAGUGAGUUGUGGCCUGUUUUUCUCAGUGUGAGGAAUUUGUAAUUGUAUCGGCAGAAAUACUCAGGAAGUCUAGCAGGCUGAAUUUACUUCAGCAGGGUUUUCAUUUUUCAUUUUUUUUCCCUUUGUUUUCGUGUAAUAUGAACUCAGCUGGUUGGUUGGCGCACAAGGUCAUCCGGCCGUCCUAUCAUCAUAAGACAGAAUACACUGUACAGAGUUACUUCAAUUCAGAGGACAGACCAGAAACGCAAUGGCAUUGGGAACCAUUUUGCCUGGGUGUGUCUGAUUGCAACAUCUUUACACUGAUUAAUGAUCUGCAGGAGCCAGGUUUAGUGAUUUUGUAAAUCUUCGAUUUUCCAUUGAAAUUGAUUAGUCUUCAGCAACGGAGCCUUUGGACAGGCUCCAUCGUUAGGAAGGUAGCCUCUGUUCCUUUCCGCACUAAGCUGUGCCAGGCGUUUGAUUCUUCCAUAAUAUAAGUUGUGGUAGCAAACAAAAAUUCAUGAAAAUUAGUAUAUGAUUGUAUUGUAUCAUGUGUAAUUGAUCCCCAUUUUAUACAGUAAAAAUUUGUUGAUUGGAAUAUCUUCUAAUGUGUGAGUUUUUGGUGGCAUUGACUUCUGAUUCCUGUUUGAUCUCUGCGGUGGCUGGUAUUAGUAUGAACGUACACAACCUGCUUGUAUAUACUAGGUUCUUAUUUAUUUUAUUUAUUUAUGGAUGUUUUGAGUUAA